AUGAAAAAAAUAGCUCUGGUUUAUCUCCUAGUUGCGGUAGUUGAAGCCAGUUAUUUCAACCCCGUACUUUCUGGCUUCCACCCCGAUCCAAGCUGUGUUCAUGUCGAUGAGACAUUCUUUUGCGUAACAUCAACCUUUACAUGGUUUCCUGGUGUCCCAGUCUAUUCAAGCACAGAUUUGCGCCACUGGACGCUUGCUAGUCAUGUCCUCAAUCGACGCGAGCAGCUUCCACAGCUGGAAAACGCGCCAACUGGCCAAGAUGGCUUGUUUGCGUCAACAAUUCGCCAUCACAACAAAACCUUCUAUGUAACGACUACCUUCGUGUCUAUCACUUCAUAUAAGGAAUUCGCCAUGCGAAACCUCAUAUUCUCGACAAAUAAUCCUUUCAACGCAUCAUCAUGGAGCAUUCCUACUGAAUUCAAUUUCACCGGCUACGACCCUUCUCUCUUCUUCGACGAUGACAAUGACACCGUCUAUUUCACUGGGGCUGCUGUUUCAUCUACGGGCACCGCGAUUGCGCUGGCUACCAUUGACAUCGAAACAGGGGUUCUUGGGGAUCUCUCGUACCCAUGGAAUGGUACCGGCCUGGGAACCGCCGAAGGUCCACACCUUUACAAGAAAGACGACUGGUACUAUAUCCUUGUUGCUGAAGGAGGUACUAAAGAAUCUCAUCGCGGCUCUGUCUCCCGUUCCCGCGCUAUCUAUGGUCCCUACGAGGGCAACCCAGCAAAUCCAAUUGUUGCCGCCGAGCACUUCAACUCAUCAUACAUACAAACAGUUGGCCAUGCUGAUAUCUUCCAAGAUAAAGUAACCGGCCACUGGUGGGGUGUCGCAUUAGCGGUGCGUUCAGGAGCCAAGUUUGAGACGUACCCCAUGGGCCGAGAGACGUUUUUAUUCCCGGUUUCCUGGCCAGCUGGUGAUGGGCUGUGGCCUCGUCUGCUCGAACCCGUUAGAGGACAGAUGAUGGCAUCACUUCCUGGCACAUAUAUCAACUCCAGUGGUAUACCUAGGAUUGACCAUGGCGUUGAUGUGGUCGACUUUGCGCCUGGAUCGGUCCUGCCCUCACAUUGGGUGCAUAUCCGACACCCAAGGGAGUCAGCGUACUCGAUUUCUCCCCAGGGACAUGCAAAUACAUUACAACUUGAGCUAUCAUCAAGAAACUUAUCGUCGGUGAUUAUGCCGAAUAGCACUUUGACAAGGGAUAUCACAUUUGUCGGUCGCAGGCAGACAGAAACACUCUUCUCAUUCAGCGUCGAUCUAGACUUUAAGCCUCAAUUGCCUGGAGAAGAGGCUGGGAUUUCUGUGUACCUGGACGAGAAAAGACACAUUGACUUUGGUGUGACGUACAACAACGAGACAAACGGCAGCAAACUACUUCAAAUUCGAUCAUACAGUAGCAACGAGAAUGUCACCGUGCCGCAACCGGUUACUUCAGCCCUGCCACCAGAAUACCAAGACCGCACGCCAAUCCGCUUGGAGAUUGUGGCAUCGGACACGACGCAUUACACAUUCAUGGCUGGGUUUCCGACUCUAUGCAACCAGAAAGCUGUUGACAUGACAAUAAUUGGGCAUGCCGGGACAAUUUUAGUGAGCGGUGGAUACACGGGAGUUGUCAUUGGAGUAUAUGGAACUACAAAUGGUCAAGCUAUUGAACGAAAACCAGCAGCAUACGUCAGUAGAUGGAGAUACUCUGGUAGUGGGCAGUACAUAGACUAUGAUCUCGUGGUAUAG